CAUAAAGAUAUUGGAACUUUAUUUUUCUUUGGAAUUUGAGCUGGUAUAGUAGGAACUUCAUUAAGUUUAUUAAUUCGAACAGAAUUAGGAAAUCCUGGAUCUUUAAUUGGAGAUGAUCAAAUUUAUAAUACUAUUGUUACUGCUCAUGCUUUUAUCAUAAUUUUUUUUAUAGUAAUACCAAUCAUAAUUGGAGGAUUCGGAAAUUGAUUAAUUCCUUUAAUACUUGGAGCUCCAGAUAUAGCUUUUCCCCGUAUAAAUAAUAUAAGUUUCUGAAUACUCCCCCCCUCUCUUUUAAUUUUAAUUACAAGAAGUGUAGUAGAAAAUGGAGCAGGUACUGGAUGAACAGUUUAUCCCCCACUUUCAUCUAAUAUUGCUCAUAGAGGAUCAUCAGUUGAUUUAGCUAUUUUUUCCCUUCAUUUAGCUGGAAUUUCCUCUAUUCUUGGAGCAAUUAAUUUUAUUACAACCAUUAUUAAUAUACGAAUUAAUAAUUUAUCAUUUGAUCAAAUACCUUUAUUUGUAUGAGCCGUAGGAAUUACAGCUUUAUUACUUUUAUUAUCUCUUCCUGUUUUAGCUGGAGCUAUUACUAUAUUACUCACUGAUCGAAAUUUAAAUACAUCAUUUUUUGAUCCAGCAGGAGGAGGGGAUCCAAUUCUUUAUCAACAUUUAUUUUGAUUUUUUGGACACCCUGAAGUUUAUAUUCUUAUUCUUCCAGGAUUUGGAAUAAUUUCACAUAUUAUUACCCAAGAAAGAGGAAAAAAAGAAACAUUUGGAUCAUUAGGAAUAAUUUAUGCUAUAAUAGCAAUUGGGUUAUUAGGAUUCAUUGUAUGAGCUCAUCAUAUAUUUACAGUAGGAAUAGAUAUUGAUACUCGAGCCUAUUUUACUUCAGCAACAAUAAUUAUUGCUAUUCCUACAGGAAUUAAAAUUUUUAGUUGAUUAGCAACUCUUUAUGGAACUCAAAUUAAUUAUAGACCAUCUAUAUUAUGAAGAUUAGGAUUUGUUUUUUUAUUUACUAUUGGGGGAUUAACAGGAGUAAUUUUAGCUAACUCAUCCAUUGAUGUUAUUCUUCAUGAUACUUAUUAUGUUGUAGCCCACUUUCACUAUGUACUUUCAAUAGGAGCUGUAUUUGCAAUUUUUGGAGGAUUCAUUCAUUGGUACCCUCUUUUCACAGGAUUAAUUCUUAAUCCUUUUUUACUUAAAAUUCAAUUUAUUAUUAUAUUUAUUGGAGUAAAUUUAACAUUUUUCCCUCAACAUUUUUUAGGAUUAGCUGGAAUACCUCGUCGUUACUCUGAUUAUCCUGAUUAUUAUUUAUCAUGAAAUAUUAUUUCUUCUAUUGGAUCUUAUAUUUCAUUAUUAGGAACUAUUUUUAUAAUUAUAAUUAUUUGAGAAUCUAUAAUUAAUCAACGAAUUGUAAUUUUUUCCUUAAAUAUGCCUUCUUCUAUUGAAUGAUUCCAAAAUUUACCUCCAGCAGAACAUUCAUAUAAUGAACUUCCAAUUAUAAGAAAUUUCUAAUAUGGCAGAUUAUAUGUAAUGGAUUUAAACCCCAUUUAUAAAGGUUUUCCUUUUUUUAGAAAUGGCAACCUGAUCUAAUUUUAAUUUACAAAAUAGAGCUUCCCCUUUAAUAGAACAAAUAAUUUUUUUUCAUGACCAUACUUUAAUUAUUUUAAUUAUAAUUACUAUUUUAGUUAUAUAUUUAAUAAUAAAUUUAUUUUUUAAUAAAUUUAUUAAUCGAUUUUUAAUAGAAGGACAAAUAAUUGAAUUAAUUUGAACUAUUUUACCAGCAAUUACAUUAAUUUUUAUUGCUCUUCCUUCUCUUCGAUUAUUAUACCUAAUAGAUGAUUUAAAUAAUCCAUUAAUUACUUUAAAAUCAAUUGGACAUCAAUGAUACUGAAGUUAUGAAUAUUCAGAUUUUAAUAAUAUUGAAUUUGAUUCUUAUAUAACUAAUGAUUAUAAAUUAAAUAAAUUUCGCCUUUUAGAUGUUGAUAAUCGAAUUAUUAUCCCAAUAAAUAAUCAAAUUCGAAUUUUAGUUACAGCUACAGAUGUUAUUCAUUCUUGAACUAUUCCUUCUUUAGGUGUAAAAGUAGAUGCUAAUCCUGGACGACUAAAUCAAACUAAUUUUUUUAUUAGUCGUCCAGGAAUUUUUUUUGGUCAAUGUUCAGAAAUUUGUGGAGCUAAUCAUAGUUUUAUACCAAUUGUUAUUGAAAGUGUAAAUAUAAAUAACUUUAUUAACUGAAUUAAUAAUUAUUCU